AUGCCCGAAGUUUUUGGUAGCUUCAAUGUUAAUCGCAGCUCAACUUGGCUGCAUCACUUGGGCUUCUGCAUAGCAGAUCUUAUCAAUAUGACUCAUCCUAGCCAGAUUAAUUUUGCUUCUCGAGGAGCUCGCAUUCAUGCUUUUGGAGAAGCGGCCGAAAUCGUGGUAACUAGUCUUAGGCAUGCAUGCACAUUCAAAGAACUAAAUGGUCUUAGCCGAGAUGGCUCUAUUGCUGAACUUUUAGCUUCUCACAUAAACAGUGCCAGUGAAAUGGAACAGGGCGGACACACUGAACAACGUUCUUUUAGCAGCCAUGGCAGCGGAACUAUACAGCUUCCUCCGCCAAUGGUAAUUAUUUUUAGUAGAGGUAAGUUCAAAUAUUCUAUGACUUGA